GCGGGCCCUGGGCGGCCAAUUCGAACCUUGGGGCCGGGAGCUCUCGGAGCCGGCUGUCUGACGGGAAGCAUGCCGCCGUCGACCACGGUCUUCCGGAGAAGGCCGGUAAAGCGGAAGGCUCCCCGCGGCUUUCUCAAGGGCGUCUUUAAGCGACAGAAGCCUCACCUACGUCUGGUGUCGCGCGGCGACUUGCUGGUUCAUUUGAACUGUUUAUUGUUUGUUCAACGAUUAGCAGAAGAAUCCAGGACUAAUGCUUGUGAGAAAAAGUGUGGAAUCAUUAGCAAGGAUCACAUUCUGGCUGCAGCAAAGGUAAUUCUAAAGAAGAGCAAAGGUUAGAAGCCAAAGAAAAUAUUCUUGAAUAUUUUAUACUUACUAUUUUAGAUGGCAGCAAAUAAUAAAAACAUUUUUCUAUUAGUUUAUAUUAUGAUUAUUAAAAUACUGGUUAGAUGA